AUGAGAAUACCCGCCAGCCGUCGAGGAGAGCCCGGAUUACGAACAUGUCUCGUGCUGGCUGUGGCCGAACGGGCGAUCGCUGAGCCUCUUGUCCAGGAAGAGCAGCAUGCGGUCCGGUGGCUGUCGAAGGGGCCGAGUGUGUCGAUAGGUCUGGCUGCAGGGGUCGGCAUGGACUGGAUAGAAGAGGAAGAGCAGUGGAUGGAAGAGGAGGAGCCGAUGGGCCCUGGUUCCGGGCAGGGAAUGAAUCUCGGAGAGGGAAUGGACCUGGAGCAGGAGGACCGGAAGCCGUGGCAGGAGGACCGGAAGCCGUGGCAGGAGGACCGGAAGCCGUGGCAGGAGGACCGGGAGUCACCUUUGUCGUCGUCACCAUUGUCGUCGUCACCAUUGUCGUCGUCGCCUUUGUCGUCGUCGCCUUUACUUGGGUGUACUGAGAAGGGGUACAUAUGGCCCGCGGUUGGUUCGGAAGGGUACCAGGCAGUAGCGAGCGUAUUGCGAGAUAGAGAGUGGGCGGCGAUGGAGAGAGUGGAUUGGCCGAGUGUUUCUGGCACGUGUACGUUGCAGUAUUUGGAGUCGGCGGCGAUGAUUUCAAGUUACUACUCGUGGCCGUUCGGGCGCGUGGAGGAGUCUCUGGCGUCGCGUCUGCGUCCGGCUUUUUGGGUGAGUGUAGAUGCGCAGUGGCGCGAGGAGGUCUGGCUGACCGCGUGUCUGUUGCAGCGAGUCAAGGCAUCACCCACACGGCUCGCGGACUUUUGCGCGGGCACACUCGGACACGACCCGAUCCCAGUCGGCCGCGAAGCCUUCCGCGAACACCGAGUGACAGCGCGACCGGUCGAAUCGAAGCCCGGGUCCCGUCUGCGCUGUGUGGCGCGGCUGCGCUCUGCCGGACGUUCCGAUAUGGUACUCACCGUACACGAAUACGCGCGUGCUACUAACAGCACGCGAGCGCACACAACGCUCCUUACUCGGCUCGCGCUUGACCAGCCGCAGCGGCCCUUCGAAGGCAGCGGCUCCGUCGCUGA